GAUAUAUAAUAAUAUUAUUUUAUUAAUUUGGAUUUUCAGCUUAUAAGUUGUUCUUAACUGAAAUUCAUAUUGAAGAAUAUAUAUAUAUAUAUAUAUAUUGAAAGGAUAUACUAAUUUUUCAGAUAUAAUGUCAUAUACCCAAUUACCUUUAAAUCAUCAGCAAAAUGCUGGUGUGGCAACAGUUCUCUGUUGCAACUGUGGUGUUCCAAUGGAUGGAUCACAAGGAUUAGUUAUGUGUUAUGAUUGUAUAAAAUCAACUGCAGAUAUAACUCAAGGUAUUCCAAGAGAAGCUAAUAUUCAAUUUUGCAGAAAUUGCGAAAGAUUUUUACAACCACCAUCACAAUGGAUCAGAGCAGAAUUAGAAUCUAGACAAUUACUAGCUAUUUGUUUGAGAAGAUUAAAAGGUCUUAACAAGGUUCGAUUAAUUGAUGCUUCGUUUAUUUGGACCGAACCACAUUCUCGUCGUAUCAGAUUAAAAUUAACAGUACAAGGUGAAGCAAUGUUAAAUACUAUUGUCCAGCAAUCACUUGAAGUGGAAUUUAUUGUGAUUGCUGUACAAUGUAGUGAUUGUGCAAGAUCUUAUACUACAAAUACGUGGAGAGCAGCAGUUCAAAUAAGACAAAAGGUUCCACAUAAGAGAACGUUUCUUUAUUUAGAACAAUUGAUUUUAAAACAUAAUGCUCAUGUUGACACAAUUUCAAUUAAAGAAAAUAGAGAUGGGUUAGAUUUUUAUUAUUCUCAAAGAAAUCAUGCUACAAAAAUGAUUGAUUUCCUUAAUUCUGUUGCACCAAUAAAAUCUAAAAAAUCAGAAGAAUUAGUGUCUCAAGAUAUUCAUUCUGGUUCAAGUACCUAUAAAUUUUCAUUUUCAAUUGAAAUUGUUCCAAUAUGCCGUGAUGAUUUAGUGGUUUUGCCUAAAAAAUUGGCUCAUUCUUUGGGCAAUAUAUCCCAAUUUGUGAUUUGUUCAAAAGUUACUAAUACUUUGCAAUUAUUAGAUCCAUUUACCUUACAGAUUGCAGAUUUAUCACCAAACAUAUACUGGAGAAGUCCAUUCAAAUCAUUAGCGACAGGAAGUGAAUUACAGGAGUUUAUCGUUCUUGAUGUUGAACCAGUAGGUGUGGUUAGAGGAAAAUAUGUUUUAGCUGAAAUCACUUGUGCAAGAGAUGUCGAUAUGGGUAUUAAUGAGAAUGAGUAUUAUGUCAAAUCACAUUUAGGUGGUAUUUUGCAUCCUGGAGACUCGGUCAUGGGGUAUUUCACCAAGAACAGUAACUAUAAUAAUGAGAUUUGGGACAAGUUGAACCAAAACAACAAUGCACCGGAGGUUGUUUUGGUGAAGAAACACUACCCAAGGACAUCACACAAGGCCAAACACAGAGCCUGGAAACUUAAGAGAAUGGCCAGGGAACACGAAGAUAUUGUUGCAAAUGGUAACCAAGACUCCAGGGCAGCUAGACAAGAACAAGAAAGAAUUGAGAGAGACUACGAAGUCUUCCUCCAAGAGUUGGAGGAGGACAGAGAGCUACGUCAAACCAUCAACUUGUAUAAGGCCCAUGAGCCAGAUGCACGCAAAUACAGUGGUGCUGAUGGCGAUGGUGACGGGGAUGACGAGAUGGACGAGGAAAACAUUCCACAGAUCGAUAUGGACGAACUAUUGGACGAGCUUGACGAUUUGACGUUGCAGUAGAUACAGAGUUUGCAGAUUAAACAGAUAUAAUACACAUAAAGCACUUGAGACCCUCUGAACGGC